GCGCGCGGGACCUCGUGGAUUUAAGCCCGGAGUUUGCAGGGAGGAGUCUCUUUUUCGCGGGGGCGUCCGCCGUUUCACCGAGGAUCCCGGUUCCUAGUACUUCCAGCUGCCAUGGCCAGCACCAAUGCCGGCGGAGACCAGGUCACCAGGGACCUCUGGGUCUCUCACAACAAGAUGGUGAUGGAAGCCCUGGACACCAAUGAUCCCGAGGUCUAUGAUAUUAUCAAGAAAGAGAAGCGGCGACAGAGACUCGGGCUGGAGCUGAUCGCAUCCGAAAACUUUGCCAGCCGAGCCGUUCUGGAGGCGUUGGGCUCCUGCCUGAACAACAAAUACUCAGAGGGAUAUCCGGGGCAAAGAUAUUAUGGUGGGACAGAAUUUGUCGAUGAGUUGGAAAGACUUUGCCAGAAGAGAGCCCUGGAGGCCUAUGGGCUAGACCCACAGAAGUGGGGGGUCAACGUCCAGCCCUAUUCAGGGUCCCCCGCAAACUUCGCUGUGUACACCGCCCUGGUUGAGCCCCACGGGAGGAUCAUGGGCCUGGAUCUGCCGGACGGGGGUCACCUCACCCACGGCUUCAUGACCGACAAGAAAAAAAUCUCCGCCACGUCCAUCUUCUUCGAGUCCAUGCCCUACAAGGUCAACGCCGAAACGGGCUACAUUGACUACGACCGACUGGAGGAGAAUGCCCGCCUCUUUCAUCCAAAGCUGAUCAUUGCAGGGGUCAGCUGCUACUCCCGGAAUUUGGACUACGCCCGGAUGAGGAAGAUCGCGGACGAGAACGGCGCCUACCUCAUGGCCGACAUGGCCCACAUCAGCGGCUUGGUGGCCGCCGGCGUGGUGCCUUCCCCUUUCCAGCACUGUGACGUGGUUUCCACCACCACCCACAAAACCUUGCGGGGCUGCCGGGCGGGCAUGAUCUUCUACCGGAAAGGCGUCCGCAGCAUAGACCCCAAGACGGGGAAGGAGGUCCUAUACAACCUGGAAAGUCUCAUCAACCAGGCCGUCUUCCCUGGUCUCCAGGGAGGCCCUCACAAUCACGCCAUCGCAGGAAUUGCUGUGGCUUUGAAACAAGCCAUGACUCCCGAAUUCAAGACGUACCAGCAGCAGGUGGUGGCCAACUGCAAGGCUUUGUCUGCCGCGCUCACCAGCUUGGGAUAUCAUGUCGUCACCGGGGGCUCCGAUAACCACCUGAUCCUGGUCGAUCUGCGCAACCAGGGCACGGAUGGGGGGCGAGCUGAACGGGUCCUGGAGCUCUGCUCCAUCGCCUGCAACAAGAACACCUGUCCAGGAGACAAAAGCGCUUUGCGUCCCAGUGGGCUGAGAUUGGGGACUCCGGCUCUCACCUCCAGAGGACUCCUGGAAGACGACUUCAAGAAAGUCGCUCACUUCAUUCACAAAGGUAUAGAGCUCACCUUGCAGGUCCAGAGCGACAUGAACCCCAAAGCCACCCUGAAGGAGUUCAAGGAGAAGUUGGUGACGGAGCCGAAGUACCGAGGGCUGCUGAGGUCCCUCGAGCAGGAGGUGGAGGCCUUCGCCGAUUCCUUCCCGCUUCCCGGCUUGCCUGUGUUGUAAAGGAGCCACACCUGGAAGGGCAGCCCCCCCCCCCCAGCUGCCCUCUUGCGAGGGCAGCAGCCCCCCCAGUACCGUUUCCCUUGGCUUGGCCUCUGCCUUUUUAAUCAGCUUUUUAAGCAAAUUCUGUUCCUCCCCCUUUUUAAAAAGAAAAAUGCACCAUGGCUGGCAAGGAAAUGGAACAAGGGCAAAUUUUAGCACCCACCCUCUCUGGAACAGAAAUUAAUGACAGGCCAGUGUCUCACACACACGCACACACACACACACACACAGGCAGCAUUGCCUUCCUUUCUUGUGGAGUGAAAUCCCAGGUCAAUGAAUAUGAGGUUCACCCUUAGGGUUAAUAAUCCAACUUACUGAGCUGCAUUUUUAUGGGGUUUGGCAUCUGGGGCAGUGAGGCUGUUUUGAGGGAUGGCUCCACUUUUAGUCUCAACGGUUCUUUGGAAAGUAAUUCUGCAAGACUCCUUGAAAAUGUGUAAAUGAAGACUCAACCAUCCAGGCCAAAAGUAUCUUUAAAAGGUUAAAUCCUGGCAACUGGACCAAAGUGGAUUGAGGUGUUUUGUUACUCGUCCAAGGGAUUUCUUAAGAGACUCCCUGCAGUCUAAACGGCAAGAGUUGGGUUCUUCCAAUGACUCUGCCUACACAACAUUUUCAUUCUGAUUGAAAGAAGUCGCUUGGAUGAGUAAUACAACAUCUCAAUUUUAAUAGCCUUUGGUCCAGUUGGCAUGAUUUAACCCUUUUUAGAUACUUCUUGAAAAGUUUUUGGACUCGUUUCAGAGGCCUUCCCAAUGGGAUUAUCCCACCUUGUGCUCUUUGACCCUUUGAUCUCGCGGGAAAAGGAAGAAAUAGCAUGAUUGAGUAAAAGGUUUUCAAGCAGAAGAUGCUAUCUAGACUUGCCAGAAAAAAAA